UGCUCGCAGAACCAGGCAUCACCGGCGGAACGACAACGAUGACCGCUUCACUGGUCCUCCUGCUGGUGCUCCAGCUCGCCUCCGACGGCCUGGCCACGGUCCAGGUGGGCCCGCCGUCGCUGGGAUUUAGCUCCUCGGUCCGCUCGGUGUGCAAACCCAUCCCCAGCACUUUGACUCUGUGCCACGGGAUCGGCUACAGACAAAUGCGCCUCCCGAAUCUGCUUGGCCACGACUCCUUACGGGAGGCCCAGCAGCAGUCAGCGGCCUGGCUCCCGCUGGUCUCCAAGCUCUGUCACCCAGACACCAAGAAGUUUCUCUGCUCGCUGUUCGCUCCGGUGUGUCUCCCGGAGCUCAGCGGACCCGUCAGCCCGUGUAGGAGUCUGUGCGAGGCCGUCAGAGACGACUGUGUGCCGGUGAUGAGCGCCUUCGGGUUUCCGUGGCCGGAAAUGUUCAACUGCAGCCGGUUUCCCAAAGGAACCGAGCUCUGCAUCCCAACCACCGGGGAGCAGCAAGUUCCGAGUCCCGUGGAGGCCACACAGGAGGAGGCGCUGAAAGGAAGUGUCAUAUGCGAUGCAUGCAGCUUGGCUGCGGAAGGGGAAGCUGACAUCCAGGAGAACUUCUGCCAGAGUCAGUACGCAUUCAAGAUGCGACUAAGCAGCGUGUCCACAGUGGGUGGCGACCGCCAGCUGGUGCCUCAGGCACGAAGUCGCAUCCUAAGGUGGGCAGGAGGAGGUGCGGAGAGGGCAGAGGGGGUUGGAGGCGCAAUGGCUCACAAUGCCUUGUGGCUGCAAGAAGGUGGCACCUGUGUGUGUCCUGGAUUGGACAGCAAGGUCGACCACAAUUUCCAAGAUGACCAGCAGGGACAGUCCAAAACUGAGAGCUCACAAAGUGCCUGGUACUUGUCCCUGGCUCAGGCUGAGGAGGGCAGGCUGGUGUUAUCUCGGCUGGUGAGGUGGACCAGAGGCGACAAGGAGCUUAAAAAGUUCAUCAGAGCUUUACUCCGACAGCCGUGCCCUGAACUCUAAAAUCUUUUUUUUUAAUUCAUAUUUUUUAACAGACAUCCCAGAAGGCAGGCAAUAUCGAGUUGCCGACACACUCGCAAGAUCGCUCCCGAAACUCCUUCAGUCACUUUCUUGAUUAACGGUUCCUUAUUGACUGUGAAAAGGUGCUACUCAUUACUCAUCACUGCGUUACAGAGAUUAACUCAUCGUUACUCAUUGUGUCCCCAAAGGAUGGAUUUAAAUUGUGGUGAUCUAAAUACAUUGUGACAAAAACGAACUAUUUUACAAAACUGCAAAGGUCAAACUAAAGUUCAUUUUAACUGUCGUUGCCGAAUAUGCGAAAUAAUGUUUUUUCUAAGUUUUGUUCUGGAUUUUAGAUAUCAGUGAGACGCAAAUAAUACUUUCUUACACACAACUGUAUAU